AUGAAUGAUAAUAUUAGUAAAGUAAAUAGUACAGUUGUUGAAUUAUUAGGUAUGUCUGAUUUGUUUAAACGAAUGCAGAAUGCUUGCUGGGGUAAGUGCAUACCAGAUGUAAAUGAUUCUUUUUUAUCAGUAGGUGAAACAAGUUGUGUUGAUAGAUGUGUUCAUAAAUAUAUGGAAAUACAUACAUUAGUUGGAAAAAAUUUACAAGAAUCUCAAAUUUCAAAAUAG